GUGACGAAGGCAGCCAUUUAUUUACCUCGUCCGUCGCGAUACAUACGGAAAAUUGCUCCGCUUUUCACUUGGUCUCGUGUGAAAACUGUGUGUUCCGACGCUUGGAAAUCGGUGCCGGAACAUUCGAUAACGUGCGAAGUGUAUCUGCUUGCUGUUGUUUGAGUGUUUUCCAUUAGGCAGCUCGGGGAAACGUGUGGUGUGCCGCAGCAGCACAGCGUGAAGCAGCAGCAUUGACAGCGGUUGUUCGGCAGGGGUAGAGGGGUGCCUGGCUACCUGGCAUAAUUUUUUUCUCAUCUCGUGUCGUCACGAUACAUACGCGUUUGUUGCCUUGGCUGAAGAAAAGUGAGCCCGUUCCGUGCCGGAGAAGGAUCCGUAUUGAAUGAAGGCUUUUCUGUUGAAGAAGCGCACACAUUUCCCAAGGCUGUAACCGAAAUCCAACACCAAACGUGUGCCUUCCGACCAAGCAUGUGUGUUCGUGGGAGCGUGCGUGCGUGUGUAUGAUUGAAUGAAAAGAAGAAAUUGAAGAGAAAGUGUUCGUGGGAAACGAUGAAAAACUCCCUUUCGUGAUGAACAGAAAGCAAACGGUUUAGAUGCGGCCUGCGGUGACGCAUCGGUCCGGACGCAAGCCCAAGCCGACGACGGGAGAAGAUGUGUCCGGCUGUCAUGAACUUUGGUCGUGCUGGUGAUGAUGGUGAUGAUGAUGGGUUGCACAGGCUGAUGAUGAUGACUGCAAGCGAGUGCAGCAGUUGCAGUGUUAGAGACAACAAGAGUGGGACUGCUUAGCUCAGAAGCAUAAGAAGCAGACCACCAGCAGAGGUAGAGGGAUAACGAAAGCGGGGGAAGUGGAUAAAAUCGUACAAGAAAACACACAUACACAGAAUGUCGUCUUCCGGCACUGCGGCGGUCAGUGGGGGAAGUCUUCCUGCGCUGCUGAUGGCUAAUGGUGGUGGUGGUGGUGGCAUUGGUGGUGUGGGUGCCGGGAAGGGAAUCGGCAAGCCUGACACCAAGCCACCAGGAGCGGGCAACACCACCGGUGGGACAGGAACUACCGGUAAGGUACUGCUCGGUGGGGAUAAGCAUGAAACGUGGCAGAUGGAGCUGCUGAUGGAGCGGCUAAGGACAAAGGCCAAAUCGGCACAGUACAAAUCCUUCCCGGAGAUGUCCAAAUCCGUGCGGAUGUCACUGCUGGAAAAACGAUACGCCUUAGACGCGGUGGAAAAGUCUAAUCUACAGAAAACGCUGGACAGUAUGCAGUACUGCAUUAAGGUGACCACACGACAGGGUUUGGUCGAACGCCUCGAUUGUCUCACCAGGCAGCUAGGCCUCAAACUCAGUGAGGACACUUCCGGUCUCUUCAUAUCGUCCGACAUGUUCUACCUCGAGAUCAUACUGGAUCCGGCCGGUGGUACCGUGCAGGACGUGAAGGUACACCAUGAGUGCAAGAUGAAGCAACAGAGCUGCAGCGAGCUGGUCGCAUGCUUACAGCGUGGCGACUUUGCGGAUUUCACCACCCAGCUCGAGGGACUAGCCUCGAUCUAUCAGCUCAAUGCGGAGAAAAAGAUUAAGGUUAAUGCAUUCGUUGCCCUGCAAGCGCUCGAAACCGACCUGCACACGCUGUACACCUUGUCGCUGCAACACUUUCCAGACGUGCAUUCGCAGCUGCUAAAAGCACCGCUCGGAGUGGUGCAGAAGCGCCGUGGCGGACAUCCGAUGCGGCUGACUUACUUUGUCGCACCGUACGAACUGCUCGAUCUGGGCACACGCACCAUGAACGUUCUUUCGGCCGAUCUGAUCGCAAAAGAACGCAUCGGUUGCAGUGUGGCCGUUGUGCUGGAAGCAUCCAGUGCUAACAAACUGCAGAUACAGCCACUGCUGGUGGGGAAUGGGAGUGGCGGUGCGGCGACGCUGUCCGGAACCGGCCUGCCCGUUUAUGCACCGAUCGAGAAACACAAUUCUACCUCGCUGCCGGCCACAUUCGUGCUGCGGCUUAGCAAACCGAUGCCAAUCAAUGGUGCGAUGAUGCGUGCGAUCCGGGGGAUUGUUGGCGGUAGUGAGCAGCAAGCUGUUGGCGAUGGAACGGCCAGCGCGAGUAGCACGAGCAGCAACAGUGGCCUACCGACCUCCCUUCUCGGACUGAUCGCUCACCAUGCGUCGGGUGGAAGCGUUACGGAUCUUGCGAAGGGUUUACUCGUGUCGCUACCGGACCAGUAUCAUUGCUACUAUCUCACGGACAAUCCGCUGCUCCGGGGAGUGAUGGUGAGCAGCAUCCCGUUCACCGAACCACAGCACGUCCCGAAAAUCUUAACCUACCUACGACAGCAGGCCAUUUUCAAUCAAUUACUGUCGAGCUGCAUCCGGUCAAAUACGUCGCCUGGCGGGGGUGGUCGACCCAGUGCUCUUCAACUGCUACUAGAUGGUGGCGCACACCCGAUUGAAAACGGUUCCACCGGGGGAUUGCUCGUGUUUGAAGUGAGUGCUCUCUCCUGUCAGAACAUAACAGUAUCACUCAUACACCCGUACGAAGAAUCGUUAGCGACGGUCGAGUUCGAUCUACAAAACAUCGCGAACAUUGUUGUGCGGAUCUACUGCAGCGAAGGAGAGACAAGCGACGAGCACACGGUGGAUCGUCUUUCGGCCGUUUUGCAGCGCUGCAUGUCGAUUCCGGUGACGCUGCGAGCGCUAAUGAAGCACUGGGAAGAGGAGCAUGAACAGAAGUUUAAACCGAAUGUGCUCGGAAGUGCUGCCGUCACGUCUUCCGGUGGUGGAGGGGGCCCGGGUGGUGGGAUCGGAGGUGCUGGAGGCGGUGGUGGCGAUGGUUCGGGAACGCCCGGUGGCGGCGGCGGUGGCGGUGUUCCCGGUUCCGGUGAGGAUGGAAGCAUGAACGGGUUCAACCUUUCGUCGCUCGGUGGUUCAGCAUCAUCGGUGGAUGGUGGGGGAGUUGGAGCAGGUGGCAGUGCGGCCACCAAUGGCACCUCCGCCCAACAGUCCAGCAAUCAGCGGGGACUAAUGAACGGGGAAGGCAGCCUAGGACUCGAUUUUUGUGAUAUGCUCACCGAGCGGAACGGAAACGGAUUGGGUGCGCUAGGCAGCAAUGGAAGGCUGGCCGGAGGGUUAGGGACCCGGGAGCCCCCGGAACCGUUAGCGGGAGGAGCGGCAAAGAAACGACGCAUGGAGGAUUUUUGUAAGAGCCCAAAGAGUGAUAGCAACCUUAGCGUUGGUGGUGGCGGUAGUGAGGGUGGCGGUGUGGAGAAGGCCAAUGUCACCGGAACGGUCGCCAGCACUACCAUCACCACCACGGUUACCAGCCAGGAUGUGGCAACAGUAACAGUAAAUAGCGAACAGCGCGUGCAAGCUGGCGGUGCAAAGGAGGAGGACACCGGCGGGUUGCCCCUGUUCGGCCAGACGGCCCCGAUGGGUGGGGCCGAUGCGAAGGGCAGCUCUUUGGGUGGAACGAUUACAAAUACCAUUUUAUCUGCUAAGAAUGAACCUCUUCCGAGCGUCCUCCCGAGCGACGACGGUGACGAACCCGUCAAGAUGCCGCUCCAAUCUUCCUCUUCCUCCUCCUUAUCAUCUCUGUCCUCGUCGGGGUUUUCGCUGACCGGCGGUGCCCCGUCCGGCGAGCCGGACAGACCGUGUCCGGGUACGCUACUGCUCGAAAGCCUUGAGAGUGCCACGCUAGAGCUGGAUUCGGUGAAGAAAUCCUCCGGUCAGUCAGCGAAGCGACGACGCAGCUCGAGCAGUUCUAGCUCCAGUUCGAGCAGUAGUUCGAGUAGCAGUUCGAGCAGCUCGAGUACUUCCGCCGCAUCGGAUGAGGUGGAAGAGAGCGUCGAUCUUGUCGAGGCAGAAAUGAGCAGCUUUUUCGCUGAGGUUAACAAUACUCAACCAAAGGCAGUUGCUACCGGCGUCGCGGCGAAAGGAUCGUACGGUGCUCCGUCGGGAAAGCCAGCCUUAGGGACUGUGUCACCAAUCUCCGGAAAAGUCGUAUCGCCUGCUAGCAACAGUGGACUGGAGAAACCGAUCGUACCGCUGGGAAGAGAUUCGUCCGGGUUGGAAAUAAUUCCUCUAACAACGGGAAGUGCCACCAUUCCGGCAACCAUUACAAACACACCGAUAACGACGGCCUCUCAAACACUUGGCAACAGUGUGUCCUCUGCAUCGCUUACGACCACGUCCGCGGCGUCGAAAAAAUCCUCAUCCUCAUCUAGCAGCAGUAGCGGCUCGCAUCGGAAAGGAGGAUCAUCAGAAUCGGCGGAACGGUCCAGCUCGAGCAAGUCGGAGAAGAAGAAAAAGCGCAAGGUAGACGAUUCGGGCCAUCUGGCGAUGGGUCCGCCGAACAAGCUACCGUUCAAGUCGGGAGAGUCUUCACCACAUCGGAGCGGUCUCGGUAGCUCAUCUUCGUCGUCGAACAAGGCCAGCCCGAAGCGUGCCAGCCCGGUACAUCACAGCAGUCCCAAGCAUACCGGUAGCGGUGCGUUGGGGUUUCACAGUCCCAAGCAUGGUUCAUCGGUGUCGCCGAAGCAUCCACUGCACUCGGGCGGUAGUUCAACGGGCGGCGGCAAACCCAGCAUGUCAGCGCUAAAGUCGGCAGCGGCCAGUGGUAGCUCACCAGGAUCGAAGUCAUCUGACGCGAGCGGAGGUAGUGGUGGUGGUGGCGGUGGAGCAGGAGGCGUCAGUUUGUCCUCCACCGGUGGUUCAUCCAAGGAACGUGAUAAGGAACGCUCGGAGAAGAAAGCGCUUCAGUUUUCAGCCACCAGUGCCUCUGCUGGCUCAUCGCUGACAGGAAGCAGUUCCGGUGGACGAUCGAAGAGCUCGGGGCUGAAGUUGAAACAGCUCGAUCUAGCAGCUGCUGGGUCCUCGUUGACGAUUUCGAUGGGGGAAUCUGGCUCUAGCUCACCCGUCGCUCCCAUGAUCGAUCUUACCGGGUCGGGAUCGGUUCAAGGAGCUUCGCUAGGAUCUCUGGGACUUUCCGGCUCGGGGUUAACCACAGCAAGUUCUAUGCUGCAAGCGCUGCAGGCUGCAAAAAACCGUAAAGCACCAUCCUCUGCCGGUGGUACAGGACUGGGUGGAUCGCUAAGUGCCGUGAUCGACAAGCUUAAGUCAGCUCAGUCUACAGACGACGAAGCAGCAGUGCUCGUACUACCGGAAAUGACGAUCACGCAGCAGACGACCAGCACACCAAUGACGGCGGGUGGCACUGGAGCUGGCCUAAACAUUGGUGGCUUUGGAUCUAUGGGUGCUGGUGCCGCAUUAAAGGAUCCCUCAAAGAUGGGAAGCAAUCUCCUAUCAGCGACAGGGUCUGCUUUGCUGGGAAAUUGUGUUUCCUCCACGGCAGGCAUUGGUGCUGCACUUACCCAAUCCAGUUCCAUGACGAGUGCUCCAUCCCUAACGGCAGCACUAACCAGCGGGAAAGCGUCCGAGUAUAUGGUAAAGCCCAGCUCGGACGGCAUCAAGUUGACAAUCCAGAACAAGAAAGGUUCCAGCAGCAAAAGCUCCUCCUCCACUAACAGCAGCAGCAGCGGCGGAUCGAAAUCCGGUGGCAGUAACAAAUCUGGCCUAAAAUCGGGCGUAUCCAGCGGUCCUGCCUCGUCCAAACAGCAGCAGCAACAGAACCAUACUACCUCCUUCAGUGGAGCCUUCCCCUCGUCGACGAAGACUCCCCACUACACCAGCUCCUCGUCCGGAUCGUCCAAGACGCCGUUUCAGAAGUCGAACUCGUUCGGUUCGCUCGGUGGCGGUGGCACCGGCAUGAAAGCUUCCUCCAAGGUAAGCUCACCGAAGUCCACAUCGAACCCGGCCAGUUCGUCCUAUUCGUCGAAGGAGAAAGGUGGUGCCGGUCGUUCCAAGUCUUCGUCCGCCUCGUCGUUAACCGGUGCGAUGCUGAGUGGAGCGUCCGGUGGAGGGACUGGAUCCUCAGCGCUGGUGAAUCCGAUAUCGAUUAUGAAGAUGCUCGGCUAUCCGACAGGGUCCAUGGGUAAUAUGGAAGGGUUUGCCAAAUCUCUUGACACAAAGUUUCAAAUACCGAAGCUUUCGGCGCGUUCUAAUAGCAAUUCUACCGCAUCGGGUGGUGCUGGACAGAACGAGAGUAGCGAAAGUGGCAAGAGCGCCAAGGACUCUACCGUGCGAAAGCAGAAGCCGCAGCUGCCUAUCACAUCUUCCGCACCGUCGUCGGUUGGCUCUGCAUCGUUAAGAACGUUCUCCACAUCCCCAUCCGGAGAUGCCAGUGCUAGACUGUUAUCGGACUUGCUUGGAGCCGCGGCCAAGAGUGGCAGUAAAGCAGGCUCCGGUAGUUCGGUAGCAUCCGUCGAUGGUGGUGGCGCCGCGCUACAUCCACUACUCCCGAACAUUGUCCAGAAGAUGUUUGGCAGCGACGGGUCUCUUCAGAGCAAAUCGAACAGCUCCGAUGGAAGCAUGUUUCCUUCGGCUGGCCGUGCGUCGCCCGGCAUGCUCUCGGGAGGAGGAAGCGCAAGCAGGGAUGGAUUUCGCUCCGGAACAGGAUCGGCGCCAGGAACGCCGACGACAGCAGGAUCGAUGGUGUUGCCACCGUUUCCUUCUCCCGUUUCGGGCGGCGCAUCGAACGAUGGGGACGUGGGAUCGUCCAGUGCAGGUUCGCUAAUGCGGCCACCAUCCCGUCCCAGCAGUACGAUAUCGAACCAUUCCCACUCGUCGCAGGAUGGCAUCGGUGGUGGUGGUGGUGGUGACGUUUGUGCGCCACCCGUAGCUACCUCGAUGGCCGCUUCGAUGAUGAUGAUGAGUGCGAUGAGUGGUGCGGCCAGUGGGCAAUCUCCCGUGUUGGAUAGUACCAGCACCCAACAGCUCAUAGCUGCACUGGCCGCAAAGACUGGCGCUGCCGGAGCCGGCGGUGGUGUCCUGCCACCGCCCACCAGUCUGCUCAACAACCACGCGAGCCACUUGCACCAUCACAGCAAUCACGUCAACAAUCACGUCGUCGGUGGUGCGGGCUCGGUGCAUCUGGUGAAAUCGCCCGCGCCCUCCCCGCUUCCCUUCACCUCGCCCCGCUCUAAUGCAUCGUCCACGCACGGUGGUGGUCCAGGCGGCGUGGGGCUCGAUGACGAGCUGAUGGACGAGGCGCUGAUCGGCAUUGGCAGCAAAUGACAUACAGGAUGAGGCCACGGCAUGACGUGGACAGUCCGGAGCUACUGAGCGCGAAACAGCGAGGAGAAAGCAUACUGCCACCACGAGACGAAAAGGAAGCAAGUUUAGGGUAAAAUGUACUGCGCCUUACACACACACACAAAAGAAAACCGGGGAAAAAUGUCCCUGAAAACGUGCUGUUGUUUUUUGAAAGAUUUGCGCACUAGUUUGUAGGUGAAAGUUAGACCACGAUCAUGACACAAGGAGCACACCCAAACACUCAAGUUAUUUAGCAUAAGCAGACGAAACGGUUUCUUUCGUAGAAUGGCAAUGGAAUCGGUGGUCCAUCUAGCAAAGGCACUCUUGCAAGACAACAGCAACGAAAAUAGUGGUAGUUUACAGAACGCUCACUCGCUGCUGCUUGGUUGCUGUUGUGUGUGUGUGCGUGUGUGAAAGUUUGUAAAUGUACAUUAAAGAAAUUUAUCAGCAUCCACACAGUUUGCACUGCACUGCACUGGAUUAAAACGGCAGGACGAUGAUAUUUAGCAGGUAAAGCCGAUAGCGAUAGUGAUUAGGACGAUAGCGCAAGGAUAACAGCGGAAAUGGGACAAACGGAAGGGACCGUGGUAACGAGCGGCAGUAAUAGUAAAGUAGCAAAUGAUAAACCCAGGUAAACUAUACAUACUUACUAGCGGGAGAGAGAGAGAGAGAAAGAGAGAGAGAGAGUGCAGCAAAGGCAGAAACAUAAACGAAAAGGUAAUAAAACAAAGGAAGCAACGGCUUUUGGAAAAUGUGCACGCAAAACCCGACGGUGCAACAAGUGAAGCAGAAUAGCAUAACGCAACGAAA